CCAGGCGCGCAAGAAUUGGAGCUCACAUGCACACGGCGUCGUGCGCGGAACUUUCGCCGCAAUCACAUCCCUUGUUUUCUUUUAGCAUUUCUUCUUUGUUUCGAUUUGCUAAAUAAAAGCGGCUUUCCGUCUGCCCGGGUGACAAAUCGGACAUUAUCCUUUUUUUUGUUGUUGUUAUUGGACAUGGCGCUGGACAGGAGACUGGACCUGCUGCUCGGACUGGUCUUGUUCGUGCAGUGUGUGCACGACGCUGGAGCCCAGCUCGCAGACUGGACCGGCGUCCCUUACUCGCACGGACAAGGGGGACAGGCCCUGGACGUGCUGGUGGAUAUGAAGACGUACGCUCAGCGGUGGAGGAGAUGGCUUCCAAACAGUGCACGCAGCAUGGACACCAACAGGGCCAGCCAGGAAGAAGAGGAGGAUGAGGAAGAGGACGGCUUUCCAGGUUUGAUGUCAACAGAGGACGCUGACAACAGCUCGCAAGUUGAAGAGGACACAGACCAUAACUACUACACGUCCAAAACAUACGGGCCGACAGACCCCGUUGGCAACGGCUUGUGGGUGAACAUCGAGCAGAUGGACAAAGAGAAAGUAAAGAUUCACAGCAUUCUGUCCAACACGCACAGGCAAGCAGCGAGAGUCAAUCUGUCCUUCGAUUUCCCUUUUUAUGGACAUCUCCUGCGUGAAAUCACAGUGGCAACUGGCGGGUUCAUCUACACGGGCGACGUGGUGCACCGCAUGCUAACUGCCACACAAUACAUCGCUCCACUCAUGGCCAACUUUGACCCCAGUGUCUCCAGGAACUCCACCGUCAUCUACUUUGACAACGGUACGUCUCUGGUGGUGCAGUGGGACCACGUGCACCUGCAGGACAACUACAACCUGGGCAGCUUCACCUUUCAGGCCACGCUACACGACAGCGGACGCAUAGUCUUUGCGUACAAAGAGGCCAGCACACAUUCUUCUCAUCCGCUGCUCCGCCAUCGUCUACUUAGCCUGAAGCUAAAUGACCGUGGUUCAUUUCAGAUUCCAAUCGAGUUGGCACAGAUCAGCUCCGUCAACCACCCGGUGAAGGUGGGCCUCUCUGAUGCCUUCGUGGUACUCCACAAAAUCCAGCAGAUCCCCAACGUGAGGCGUAGGACCAUCUACGAGUACCACCGCGUGGAGCUGACCAAGACCAGGAUCACCAACGCCACAGCGGUGGAAAUGACCCCCCUGCCCACGUGUCUCCAGUUCAACACGUGUGAUGCCUGCAUCUCCUCACAGAUUCACUUUAACUGUAGCUGGUGCCAUCGACUCAACAGAUGUUCAAGUGGUUUUGACCGCCAUCGGCAGGACUGGGUGGACCACAGCUGUCCAGAUGAGACGAAGGACAAAAUGUGUGACAUAAUAGACACCACGUACCUGUACCCUGUUACCACUUCCAUUGCUGCCAAGACCACACCCAAGAGCAAAGAAGCCACGUCUUCCAGCUCACAGCCUCCCACCAGUGCCCCCACUGAAGACGAUACAAAGAUCGCUCUGCACCUUCGAGAAAAUCAAGUGAUGCCAGUGAGCGGCGCGGCCGACAGGAAGCCGGGCACACAUCCUUUGCACACAGGUUUGAUCCUGGGUGUCCUCCUGGUGAUGCUGAUCCUGGUGGUGGGCGUGCUGGUCAGCGUCUACAUCUACCACCGCCCCACCUCCGCCGCCAGCCUCUUCCUCAUGGAGAGACGGCCCAGCAGGUGGCCGGCCAUGAAGUUCCGUCGGGGUUCGGGCCGGCCGGCGUACGCGGAGGUGGAGCCUGCGGGUCAGGAGAAGGAGGGCUUCAUUGUUUGCGAGCAGUGCUGAGGGGGGUCACGCUCCCGAUGUCCCUCCCCCUUCUUCUUUCUCACACCAGCCCUCCUCACCCUGCUGAGGAUGUGGACCUGGACCCGGACGUGGUCCUGGACCCGGGCCGUGGAUCCGGACGGAUGCAGCGGCCAGAAACUCUGGAGAAGUGACUGCUUAUAGCCAGGAAGUGAGGGGGGCGCUGUUGUGGUCAAUCAGCAUCACUCUCUGUCCUUUCGCUUAUUACUGCCCCCUACUGCUUAUAAUGAGCGCUGCAGGCUGGACGGACUUCCUAUGGUGGCCAGGAAGUGCAAAACAAUUUUACCAACACUUUUACGUUGCAUAAAAAUAGUUCAACACAUUAACAAAAGGCGAAAAUGACAAUUACACAAAAAGGGAACGCUCCAAAAUGUAUUUCCUUCGCCCAAAUCACAAUAAUUACAAACUUAUGUUUGUUUCUUGCGUAAACGAACAACAAUAUGUCAACCAUUUAUUUCUCAAACAACACAAUGGUUGUGCUUCUGCGUAGCUCAGAACUACUUCCUGUUCCUGUCUACAGCGCUAAGCCUUCUGGGUAAUGUAGUAUACAAACAUGCAUUCCUUGUUCACAUGUAUUUAUAUAUUUAUUUAAUCUUUAUUUAUCCGGUGUAAGACAAGAACAGAUUUUCAUUUGCAAUGAUGACCUAGCAAAGAGGCAGCAUUUUCAUGCUAGAGAUGUUGAAGUGUGAUGAUAAUGUCUCAUUAUCUUUCGUUUACCAACCAAAAUUAGCGCUAUAGAUCACAGUUCACAAAUGCUCCUAGCGUGAAGGGAUGGUAAAUAAAUGAAUGUUUAAGAUGUUCAAAUGCUUUUCAAGUGUAAAACAUACACGGAGAAUGUCUGCAACUUGUGGAUGACAGAGCGGACAAUAAGGAAGCCUUAGGUGGUGUUUCUUUUUCGAAUUGUUGGUGACUGCUGAAUACAUUUAGUAAUACAAUCAGUGUUCCUAAUAACGGCGUUAUAUAAUAAUGGCAUUGGUAACGCCGUUACUUUUACUAGUAACGAGUAAUUUAAUUACUUUUAGGUUUGUUACAACGCCGUUAGCGAUAGCUUGAUGUAACGUGGCAUGGACGAGAUAUCAAACAGGAAGAGACACCAUCACAGCAGACAACAUACGCACACAAUGGGAAUAUUGAACAGCAAAUCAGUGAUUGAAUGGAUAAACCUGCCAUCCAAACAAUACCCCGUUUGUUGACAAGAAGAUAUGACAGCCAUCGAAGCACAUUCAAUCUCUUUAUGAAGUGGAUGUAGCACAAUCCGGUGAAAAGAUUCAAAAGAGUUGGCGUUAAAGGCCCACAAAGUGCGCUGCUGAAUGCUAAAGCUAAAAAACCCUCGAUGACAUCGCAUGUCGCUAAGCAACAGGCCCCGCCUUUUAAAAAGCACAUACUCCGCCCACUGAACCCUUAUACUAUACAUCUUUGAAAUGCAAAUCCAAGAUAUUUAAAGUUGUAGUUUUUUUUAAGUAACGUAUAAAUUACUUUCCCUGGUAAUUACAUUUAUUAAGGAGUAAUUCCGUUAGUAAUUCAAUUACUUUUUUGGUAAAGUACAGAGUAACUAUAAUUAAUUGCCUUUUAAAAGUCAUUUUCAGAACACUGAUUACAUUUAUUAUUCCGCUCUCUUUUUCAUCCGCUUUCUUCUCACAAUUUUUUUUAAAAUCUGAUUUAUUUUCCAUUUUCUACCGCUUGUCCCUCUGGGUGUGCUGGAGCCUAUCUCAGGUGCAUUCAGCAGGUGCAAGUCGCCACAAUUCACUUUCAAAAUGUUUGGCUCAUUCGUGACACUCGUGCUACCAUAUUUUUAUUUUCUAAAAAAAAGUUCCACAUUUGCCGCAUUCAAAAUGUGUUUUUCAAACUGCCCGCAUUUUUCAACCACUUCAAACCAUUCCAAUGCUAUCUGUUGAUGUUAGUUCAAUGCUUUUUUGGCUAAUUUUUGAUGGUAUACAUUUCAGGGUCAUAUUUUGGCGUACAAGCGUGCUGAAAUAUAUGACUUUAGCAUGUUAACAUUAUCAAGUAAAAAAGUAAAAGUUUAAGUAUCCAUGAUUGUCACACACACACGAGGUGUGGCAAAAUUAUUCUCUGCAUUUGACCCAUCACCCUUGAUCACCCCCUGGGAGGUGAGGGGAGCAGUGAGCAGCAGCGGUGGCCGCGCCCGGGAAUCAUUUUUGGUGAUUUAACCCCCAAUUCCAACCCUUGAUGCUGAGUGCCAAGCAGGGAGGUAAUGGGUCCCAUUUUUUAUAGUCUUUGGUAUGACUCGGCCAGGGUUUGAACUCACAACUUACCGAUCUCAGGGCGGACACUCUAAAUCAGGCCUGGGCAAUUAUUUUGACUCGGGGGCCACAUUUAGAGAAAAAAAUGUGUCUGUAUAUCUAUUUUUAGGGACACUAAAACAAAACCUCACAAUAAUGUCUGAUUGAAUGCUAAAAACGUUAUGACAGACCGCCUUAAAAACGUAAUGUAAUUUUACAUUUUUCUAUGAACGAUAAAACACUGAAUAUUGACUAAAUAUGAACAUCACACCCCCUUUUGAUUGACAUAUUUUACAAUCAAGUGAAACGCAACAAAAAUGCAACAAACAGUGAAAUAUGAACGCGAAGGGUAUAAAAUAAACCCACCUACAAUCUGAUAUAUCACUAAGCUUUAGAACUUUGUUGUGAAAAGCUCCUUCCGCGUCUGUGGAAACGCUUCUCACCCACACUGCUUGGUGCCUCGUCUGAGCUGCUGUGACGUAGAUUACCAUAGUAACUAAUUAGAUUACCAUAGUAACUAGUAGUGAUGGGUCCGGCAACACCGAUGCAUCGGCGCAUGCGUCGAGCUUAUAGAGCAAAACCCUGUGUCGGUGCGCGUACCGCUUUUAGAAAGUCACGUGACCGAUACGCGACCUGUGUCGCACUGACGCCUCCUCUGUGCCCUGUGAGCGGGUCUUUUCUACAGCCGGAAAAAUAAUAACUAAGAAGUGAAAUCGUCUACAAUUUAAUACGUUGGAAAAACUGUUUUUUUUUUAAAAUAAAAAUGUGUUAACAAUUUUUUUUUUUUAAAUCCCAGUCCACAAGCAUCCUCAUUCACAAAUACGUUCUCUUAGAUUUCCAUGUUAUGAUACAUGUUCACAUUAUUUAUUGACUAUCUAAAAAAGAUAAAAAUAUAUUUUUAUUUAAAUGAAGAUAUGAGAUAAUCCUAAAUGAAAUACAAUGACUUGGUUUAUAUUAUUGUAUAUACUAGGUCAUAAAAUCAGUGUCAGUUGAGUUGGUCCAUAAAUUGCUUGUAGGGAUUUUUAAUGUCCAGCAGAUGUCAGUAUUUAGUGACACAGUAUCAAUACAGUUUUGCAAUGUGUUGAAACGCUUCAUGACGCCUCAUGAACCCAUCUCUAGUAACUAGUAUAUCAUGCAAAAGCGCAGAUUCCAACCAUUGAAAUACUUUGUAUAGUUCAAGACUUACGGUCAUUAGAAAACAUGACUGCAUAUCAUAAUGGCAGCUACACUUUCCAUCUUAAAGAUCUAAAAAAUUAUUUGGGAAUGUCCGGCGGGCCAGAUUGAAAAGCUUAACGGGCCUUAAUUUGCCCAGGUCUGUUCUAAAUGCUGUAUUUUUGUACGUGAUGCAUGUUAACCGAUAGCUUUUUUUAAGCUUAUUUUUUUCCACUUAUGUGGGACAAGUAUCCACUUGAGUGUACUAGGGGUGUAACGGUACGUGUAUUUGUAUUGAACCGUUUCAGUAUGGGGGUUCCGGUUCGGUUUGGAGGUGUACCGAACGAGUUUCCACACGGACAUAUUAAGUAGCGUAACGCAGGUUGUGUAAACAAUGCACACUGAGGCACAACACACGACAUGCUAGCAGCUAACGGGCUAGGAUAGACUGACCAUACAUCCUCUUUUCACCGGACAUGUCCUCUUUUGCGGAGCUGUCAGGGCGGAGUUUCUUAAAUGCCUCAAAUGUCCGGCAUUUUGAGUUAGGGUUGCGUGUAUUUUCAAUGUACGUUCAGGGUUAAGAAGGGGUUAAAAACAAAACAUAUUGUGCAUGCAGCAGCAUUUGUGAGGGAGGGUCAGAGACAGAGAGAGUGAGAGUUAUGAUAAACACGCAUGCGUCGCCAGGCUCUGCUUUUUAUCCAUAGAUUUAUUAGAUUUAAUUUUUUAUUAUCUAUAGCAGGGGUGUCAAAAGUGUGCCCCGGAGGCCAUUUGUGGCCCACAGCUAAUGUUUUAAGGCCCACGGCACAUUCUAAAAAUACUAUUAAAAUAAACAAAAACAUAACAAAAGUGAAAUAAAAAAGGUUAAAUGUAGUUUAGAAAAAGUUGCAAUGUUGACUAAUAAAACAAAGCUGUUUUUUUUCUUUCAAACUGUCAUUGCUUAAAACAUAAUAUUGAAUCAAAAUCAAUGUUGUUAUGAAUUAUUGACCUAUCCAAGGUUCCCAUUACUUCACAUCAAAUAUUCCACUAAGAAAAAUAUUUUUGGUGGAAGAUUUUGCAAAUUUGGUAAAUAAAUAACCCCAAAAUUUGUAUUUUGUUGUUUUCUUACUGUACCAAAAAUGAACCGAACCGUGACCUAUAAACUGAGGUACGUAUCGAACCGAAAUUUUUGUGUACCGUUACAUCCCUAGUGUGUAUCAUACGUGACUUGUGUGGCUGUGACACCACUUUCUGCCUGCUGGUUGUCUCUGACACACAGCUGUGUGCGGUCAUGGAGAUGACACCUUGACACGUGCAAGUGCAGAUGGUGCUAGUUGACACCGUGGAAAGCAUUAGCAGUCGUUCCUGAGUGGGCCGUGACGGACACACACGGUGGAGUUUAAGGUAAGAAGUAAUGUUAAUGUUCAUUUAAUGUUAAUGUAAAGCUGAUGUAAGGUUUGUUGUUGAUAUUCCUGCUGUUGUGUGUGAUUCCCGUGCAUGCCUCCAUGUCAGUGAAUACACAUUGUUUUUAUUUACGAUUAGAGAACUAUAUGAAUGGGGCAGCGCGGUGGCACAGGGGUUAGUGCAUGUGCCUCACAAUACGAAGGUCCUGAGUAGUCCUAAAUUCAAUCCCGGGCUCGGGAUCUUUCUGUGUGGAGUUUGCAUGUUCUCCAAAAACAUGCACCUGGGGAUAGGUUGAUUGGCAACACUAAAUUGGCCCUAGUGUGUGAAUGUUGUCUGUCUAUCUGUGUUGGCCCUGUGAUGAGGUGGCGACUUGUCCAGGGUGUACCCCGCCUUCCGCCCGAAUGCAGCUGAGAUAGGCUCCAGCACCCCCCGCGACCCCAAAAAGGGACAAGCGGUAGAAAAAUGGAUGGAUGGAAAUAUAUGAAUGAUGUCAUCAGUGACGAGUCGACCUUAAAAAUUCGGAAGUCGCACAACCCCCAGUAUACACCUCAGUCAUGCCGUAUAUUUUGUCAUGCUAAAAUAUAUACCGUAUUUUUCAGACUAUAAGUCGCUCCGGAGUAUGAGUCGCACCGGCCGAAAAUGCAUAAUAAAGAAGGAAAAAAACAUAUAUAAGUCGCGCUGGAGUAUAAGUCGCAUUUUUUGGGGAAAUUUAUUUGAUAAAACCCAACACCAAGAAUAGACAUUUGAAAGGCAAUUUAAAAUAAAUAAAGAAUAGUGAACAACAGGCUGAAUAAGUGUACGUUAUAUGAGGCAUAAAUAACCAACUGAGAACGUGCCUGGUAUGUUAACGUAACAUAUUAUGGUAAGAGUCAUUCAAAUAACUAUAACAUAUAGAACAUGCUAUAUGUUUACCAAACAAUCUGUCACUCCUAAUCGCUAAAUCCCAUGAAAUCUUAUAUGUCUAGUCUCUUACGUGAAUGAGCUAAAUAAUAUUAUUUGAUAUUUUACGGUAAUGUGUUAAUAAUUUCACACAUGAGUCGCUCCUGAGUAUAAGUCGCACCCCCGGCGACCAAACUAUGAAAAAAACUGUGAUUUAUUUCAGAAAAAUACGGUAACUUUCGCAUGUAAACAUGCUAGCUUUAGCAUUUUAACAUUAGCAAGUAAGCAUGCUAGCGUUAACGUGCUAGAUUUUUGGGCUAAUUUUGCUGGUAUUCACUUCAGGGUCAUAUUUUGGCGUAGAAGCGUGCUAAAAUAUAGAAUUUUAGCAUGUUAACAUUAUCAAGUAAGCAUGCUAACAUUAACAUCCUAGCAUUUUUAGCAACUUUUCUGGCCAACACAUCAGAAUUAUAUAUUUUGGCAUAUAAGCAUGCUAAAAUAUAUUACUUUCGCAUGUAAACAUGCUAGCUUUAGCAUUUUAACAUUAGCAAGUAAGCAUGUUAGCGUUAACAUUAGUAGUUUUUUCUAUGUUUUUAUGUAAUAAGUUGUAGGUGUAUUUAUUUCAGUGUAAAAAGUGUUUUGCUUGGGUCAUGAAAUGAUAAUGGUGUGCCAGGGCAUACAUACAUUUUAUAUUUAAUGCUUAAAUCUCUGAAGUCUACAUUAACUUCACAUCUAUCCCUCAUUUCAAAAUGUUUUAGUUUUUUUCAUGUUGUUUUUUUUGUUUGUUUGUUUUCCGCCCUUUUUUGUCAAACAAAACUGUUUUUAAUGGCAAACACACAAAAUAUGCAAAAUCUUCCACCAAAAAUAUUUUUCAAAGUGGAAUAUUUGAUGUGAAGUAAUCGGAACCUUGGAUAGGUCAAUAAUUCAUAAUAACAUUGAUUUUGAUUCAAUAUUAUGUUUUGAGCAAUGACAGUUUGAAAGAAAAAAAAACAGCUUUGUUUUAAUUACUCAACAUUGCAACUUUUGCUAAAUUACAUUUCAC